AUGACCAUAGAAAAAAGCCUCUGUGCGGACAUCGCCUGCCACUCCGGGUCUCGCAGCUGGCAGUUGCUGGAGUCAAGCCUAGCAUGGCCCGGGAACGUUGUCAAUGACCCUCGGAACGGCCAGGCGAUUCUGGUCCUCAGUUGGGUAGUCCUCCAACAGUACUACCAGCAGGGCAUGUCUGGUCCCGUGGGUGUGCUCGACAUCUUGACAUCUCGCAGCAAUGACUACCGUGACGGUCUCCGUGUGUUGGACAUUGCCCUUGACCAAGACCUCUCCGUUUGCGAGGAAUCAAAAUCGAUCCAGAAGCAGAUCUCAGAUUCUUCAAUCGUGGAAAAUCGACCGUCGACAAAACUCCCGGUCAUUCUUUUGUACCGCAAAGAUGAUACGCCAGCAUGGAAUGUGUCUUCCGCCGUUGGGCAACGUCGAUCCAGCAUGUAUCCACUCGUCCCCAUUUUCUUGGACUGCAAACACCGUGGUCGAAAUCUAUCUGUGAGCAUGGUCUUCGAUGAUGCAUCCAUUGGUACACCGCACUGCCAGGCUUUCCUCGACCAGUUUAUUUGGACAGUCUCCCAGGCACUGGGCCGUGGUGACUUGGCGAUCCGGGACCUCAUGCAGAUCAGCCCAACGGCACUUGAUCGCGUGUUGGAGGUCAACAAGAGGGUUCCUACGCGUCUGGAUCUCUGUGUCCAUAACAAGAUCCAAAAGUGGUGUCGCGAAUCCCCAGAGUCCCCGGCCAUUGAGUCAUGGGAUGGGGCUUUUACAUACGGUGAGCUCGACCGUCUGGCGGCAAAGCUCGCAUCCCGUCUGACACAUUCCGGGGUCGGUCCUGAGGAAUUCAUCCCAAUCUGUACGGACAAAUCAAGAUGGGCAGUGGUUGCCAUUCUUGGUGUAAUAAAGGCAGGCGCCGCGUUUGUCCUGUUGGAUCCCUCAUGGCCUUUCCAGCGGUUGCAGUCUAUAUGUCAGGAGGUCCGACCUACCAUAAUAUUGUCCUCCGAGGCGCAUGCCGACCGGUGCUCACAUCUCGCCAAUGUAAUAGCCAUCGAGCAUCUGGACCACAGCUGGUUUCCGCAGCAGAAUGCCUUCAGAUCACCGCAAGUGGAUGCCGCCAAUGCGCUGUACGUGGCCUUUACAUCGGGGUCGACUGGGCGGCCGAAGGGGGUGGUGAUCGAGCAUGGUUCGUACUGCACGGGAGCCCAGGCACAUUGUCGAGCGUUCGGGAUGGACCGUACAUCCCGAGUUUUGCAAUUUGCGUCUUACGCCUUCGAUGUCAGCAUCAUGGAGUUGCUGAGUACCCUGAUGUCAGGGGGUUGCGUGUGCGUCAUGCCAGAGGCUGCACGCACAGAUCCCGCGCUAUUUGCGCAGGGAGCUGGGGAGCUUGGUGUUACCCACGCCCUUCUGACACCUUCGUUCGCCAGGAUGCUCCCCUGGGACCAGAUGCCGCAGGUGAAAACCCUCAUACUGGGCGGCGAAAAGAUGCUCGCGUCUGACGUGGCCGCAUUCACCAGCAGAGGAAUUACCUUAUUCAAUGCCUACGGUCCGGCGGAAUGCUCGGUCAAUGCAUCCGUACAGCAGUUGGAGGUGGGCUGCCCACCAAACACCAUCGGACAACCCACCGGGGCAGUCGCGUGGAUCGUCGAUCCAGAUGAUUGCGAGAGGCUCAUGCCUACCGGGGCUGUCGGGGAGCUCCUCAUAGAAGGCCCCAUAGUAGGUCGUGGUUAUCUAAACAACGCGGAGGCGUCGAAUCGCGCGUUUAUCGAUCCGCCCAAAUGGCUACAGCUGCUACCCCGGGGUAUCAGUCAGAACAGAUUGUAUAGAACUGGCGACCUGGCAUUCCAGGAUGCAAAGGGCUCUCUUACUAUUGUCGGCCGCAAAGACGGACAGGUAAAGGUUCGUGGACAGCGCGUGGAGCUGGCCGAAGUGGAGCACCAUAUCUCUGAGAUCUUUGACGAGGUCACCGACGUUAUUGUAGAGAAAGUCCGCAACGGAAACCUUGCAGGUUUCGUCUUGCCAGGCUCCGUGCUAGCAUGCCAGGUGAAGGAAAAAGCCAUGGACUCUCUUCUUCUUAAACCAAAUUCCGCGUAUGUUGCGCGAGCUCGCUCCGUGCUGGACUGCCUGCGGCAGAGGUUACCAGCAUAUAUGGUUCCAACGGUGCUCAUUCCACUGAGAUACAUUCCACGACUGGCUUCCACCAAGGUGGAUAGACGGCUCCUUCGUCAACAUGCAGAUCAAAUGUCACCAGCUGAGUUGAAGACGUACAUUUCGGAAGACCACAAGUCUGCUCCCCUGAAUGAGGCGGAAUACGCCAUCCGAAACCUAUAUGCAGCAACCUUUGGUGUCCCCGUGGAAUGCAUCGGGAUGGAAGACACCCUCUACAGCUUUGAGGGGGACUCUAUUUCGGCCAUUAGACUGGUCGGAGCCGCGAGACAGGCGGGAUUCGAUGUGGCCAUCGGCAGUCUACUUCGUCGGUCGUCGCUGCGGGAGCAGGCGGGUGCAAUGAGAAAAUUGCUUCCUGACCCGUCCUCCAUCGCAGGGGACUUACCAUUCUCCAUGAUUGACCCAGACACCCGGACCGAGGUUGUUAGUAUAGCAGCGGAGCAAUGUGACCUCGAAGCGACCCGGAUACAAGAUAUCUACCCUUGCACCCCAAUGCAGGAAGGCAUGCUUGCGGCCUCCGUACGGACACCCGGCAAGUAUGUCGGCGAGAUUAAAUUUCGCGUUCCUAAAGAUACAGAUACGACUCGACUCAAAGCAGCGUGGCAGUUGACGGCGGAUAUGAAUCCCAUCCUUCGCACCCGAAUGAUUGAGACAGGCCGUGGCUUCUUCCAGGUGGUCGUACAAGACAAGAUCGAUUGGCUGGAGGGGGAUCCGGGGUCAGGACCUCCUGGAUAUGGUUGGAAGUAUCUGGGUGGUCCGCUAGUUUACUUUCGUCACCAGCCCCAGCAAGAGGAAUUGACCGUGGUCGUCCACCAUGCGCUCUGUGACGGCUGGUCGAUCGAGUUGCUCCAGGAGCAGGUCGAGGCAGCAUACCGGGGAAAUGCUACCCCGACCACCAAGCCCUUCAGUCGUUUUGUCCAUCAUGUCCAGACUCUUCCUGGCGCUGAGGAGUUCUGGAAGUCGCAGCUAGAAGGGUUGGAAGCCCCAACCUUCCCAACUCUACCGUCGGUAGACUACCGUCCCUGUCCUUCCGCGGAGUUUCGGCAUAUGUUGACGGAUCUGGAGAAGCCAAAAGGCGGAAAUACAUAUGCCGCCUAUCUUCAGCUGGCCUGGGCCCUUUUGGUGGCUCAUUAUACCGACUCAGAAGCAGUGGUAUUUGGCAUAACCAAUACAGGGCGUGCUGCCCCUGUCUCUGGGGUGGAAAGUUUGGUUGGACCCACCAUCGCAACAGUCCCCCUCCAAGUUCAUGUCAAGCAAGGGGACAGUGUGGACGGCAUUUUGGAUCAGAUCCAGAAUCGAGUCGUCUCAAUGCUUCCCUAUGAGCAGGCCGGGUUGCAACGCAUUGCCAAAAGCUGUCCAGACGCAGCAAAGGCCUGUGCUUUCCAAAGCCAACUACUCGUCCAACUUCAAGAAACCCCGGUUCAAAGUACUUUUCCCCUUCUCUCCGGCUCGGCAGCCACUGGUAUGUCUUACCUUCCCUUCGCAUCAUAUGGCAUCUUUCUUGCCUUCAAUGUCGGAGAGGCCAGUCGUAGCCUUGAGAUCCAAGUAAGCUAUGACCCCAAGAUUCUCAGCGCCGUUGAGGUUGGGCGGAUCGUCUUUCAGUACGAACAUAUCCUCCGACAGAUCUUCCAAUCGCCACGGAAAGUCGACAUGCCUGUCAAGGAGAUUGAAAUGAUCAGUCCGCAGGAUUCGCAAGUCCUACAAAAGUGGAAUGGAUCCAUCCCGGCUAAGAAUAAUUGUUGUCUGCAUGACCUUGUCCUGGCCCAGCACGCUUUGGAACCAAACAGGACGGCGGUCUCGUCCUGGGAUGGGGAUCUCUCAUACCAGCGCCUAAACGUGUUAUCCUCCAAGCUAGCUCACUUUCUUCACACACGUGGUGCGGGCCCAGGGUCAGCGGUGGCCAUUUGCAUGGAGAAGAGCAAGUGGUCCGUCAUAGCAAUCCUCGCUGUCUUGCGUACCGGCGGCGCGUGUGUUCUCUUGGAUCCGCAGCACCCGCGACACAGGAUACAGGAGAUCAUGGCGGACAGUGCUGCUAGCCUUCUAAUCACAUCCUCUUCAACAGCUCCGCUAACCGAUCGACUCUGUGCCAACCAAGUUGAGAUCUCUCUACAGUUCGCAGAGCAGGUAGAAGACCAGCCAUCUGACUGGGCCUCUGAUAUCCCGAUUUCGCCUCAUGAUACCGCCUUCAUCCUGUUUACAUCCGGUAGUACAGGGCGAGCAAAAGGGAUCAUCAUGCCGCAUUCAACCCUGGCGACCAGUAUCCUGCAUCACCGGGAGGGAAUUAAUGUGGGUCGUGAGAGUCGCUUGCUGCAUCACUCAUCCUUUGCAUUCGACAUGAGUAUUUAUGAGAUUUUCACCACGAUGGCUGGCGGCGGCUGCGUCUGCAUCCCCUCACAUUUCGACAGGAACAACGACAUGGCAUCAUAUAUUGCCCGGGCUGACGUCAACUGUGCCUUCUUCACUCCAUCAUCAAUACAGAUCCUCCGUCCCUCCCAGGUGCCGAUGCUAAGCACUGUUGUUUUGGCUGGGGAGAACGUCACUGAGAGUGUAGCUGAUCCCUGGACAAAGGGGCGCACGCUAAUCAACGGUUACGGACCGGCCGAAGCUACCAUCUGUGGCGUGGCGACAAUCUCCGACGAUGGAUGGAAACCGGGUGUGAUCGGCCGCAUAGUUGGGGGCGUUGGAUGGAUCACGCAGCCGUCCGACCCAUCCAAGUUGGCAGCUAUUGGCGCCAUGGGUGAGCUCCUCCUUGAAGGUCCCAUCCUCGCACGAGGGUACCUCAAUCGCCCCGAGGCAGACGCUGCUGCGUUUUUGUCCUGGCCCGACUGGAGGGUCAGUUUGCCCGGAAACACCGACAACGCCGACCGGCGUCUUUACCGCACGGGGGACUUGGUUCAGUAUCAGCACGACGGUUCCCUCCGCUAUAUUGGACGCAAGGAUACCCAGGUUAAACUGCGUGGUCAACGCAUCGAACUAGGCGAGGUUGAAACAACCCUGAAAAACGUAUUUCCUGGCGCAGUAGAGGUCAUGGCCGAUGUGAUCAAGUAUCCAUUGGCCCAGAACAAUACCCAGCUCAUUGCCGUCGUCAAGCAAGCCCAGGGAGCGUCGAACGGGCAAGGGAGUUUAGGGCCCAUUCUCGCACCUGCGGACGCGACUUUCCUACAAAGUGCGCAAUCGGCUCUGGCCCAGCUCAAGAUACUCUUGCCUACCUACAUGGUGCCGUCCGUUAUCAUCUCGGCUUUCCGGUUUCCUCAGGAUGUGCAGACAGUGACCAAGACGCUAUCUCAAGCCGAGCAGAAUGCCCCGGUUACUGGCUUUGUACCACCAACACGAUUUACCCUGGUCACCAACGUAGCGGCUGCGCAACACGUCCUACUGAUUAGGCUCUCACACGCCCAGUACGACGGAAUGUGCAUUCCAACCCUCUUUCAAGAUCUGGAAUCCCUUUGUAACCUUCCAGAAGCCGCUAUACAACAGACCGACUUCGAAGACUAUCUCGACGCGCGCCCCCACAGCCAGAACUCGGACAGCCUCGACUUCUGGAGCAACUACCUGCAGGGUUCUUCUAUGACCAGAUGGCCCAGUACUAGUAUCAAGAUCGAGACCGACGCGGUGACUCGUGGCCUUUCCGCACUGGAGCUUUCCGUCCAGGCCAUCCCUUCUGGUAUCACCGCAGCCACAUUGGUCAAGGCAGCAUCGGCCGUGGCCGUGUCCCGGCGGACCGGGACCACCGAUGUCGUUCUGGGCCAGACCGUGAACAACCGAAGCCUGCCCGUUGCAGGGAUCGACGGAAUCGUCGGGCCGUGCGUGAACUACGUUCCAUUUCGCGUGGCGAUCCAACCAUCCAUGACAGGACGAAUGUAUCUAGACCACGCGCAGCGCCAGUCCACGCGCAGUCUCGGGCACGAGUGGAUGGACCUGGACCAGAUCGUGCAACAGUGCACACAGUGGGAGUCUGGCAGUGGGUUCGGCUUCAUCGUCCAGCACCAGAAUAUCGAGCGAGACCUUGGCCUCUGCGUUGCGGGCAACAAGUCACAAGCGUUCUCAUCACCCGGCCGGCUUUAUCCGUCAUCGGAGGUUUGGAUCUGUUCAACGCCGACCUCGACCGGAUUAGACAUCGAGGUGAUCGCCUCUCCCCGUGUCUUGAAACCGGCUGUUGCCCAGAGCUUGUCGGAGGAAAUCUCCCAGGCGCUGCAGGAUCUUGUCAGUGGGGGGUUGGAUUGCCUGGUGGGGGAGACAUUGAGUAAUAGACUUGGGGGAAGUGUCAACCGAAAUGCCCGGGUCAAGCAGCAGUGA